AUGAGUCAACAAGGGCCUUCAAAAAGAAACAAAAGAGCUCAAAGCAGAACAUAUGCUAAACCUGGUUCAUUGUCAUCCUUGGCAAAUAAAAAACGGCAGUUAUUAACCGCAAACGAAACUGUUCAAGCUAUACGGUCAGAGAAAGAGGAUCUGCUAGAAUUAAUUGGAAAACAGCAGCCAGUAGCACCACAAUCUGAUGAAAAUGAGCAACUUGUAGAAGAGCAACAAGUAGAGGAGCAAUUCGAAGAAGAGCAACAGCCCGUCGAGGAGCAAAUGCAAAUGGAUUCUACAAUUCCUCCCACAAAUGAAAAAUCUAAAGAAGAUGUUAUAAUAGAGUUUGGUAGCUUCCUCGGUACAUUAGCGAGGACUGCGACCCUUUGCCCAUUUGAUAUACUUGAUUGGAGGAAAAUAGACACAAAAGAUGAUUUAUGGACAUAUACCAAGGAGAAAUAUGAUAUUCCUGAAGCUGGCAAAAAGUGGACUUUGAAAGCAAUUCAUGCUGCUUGGAGAAGGCAUAAAAGUGACUUGAAGAAACUUGGUUACAAACCAAAAGUCACUGAUGAAAUCAUAAUGGCAAAAAGGCCAAGUCAUAUUCCGGAAUCUCAAUUUAAAGAGCUCCUCGAAUAUUGGAAGUCUGAGAAAUUCCAGAAAAUGUCUAAAACAAAUACUGAGAAUCGGAAGAAGUUGUUGAAUCCGCACACAGUCGGCAAAAAAGGUUCCGCUUUAGUCCGCAAUAAAUUGGAAAAAACCAAGGGAAAUGUAUCACUUAAGGAGAUUUUGUGGAAACAAGAGCAAGGAAACCCGGGCGCUUGUACAAGGAGUCAAAUGAAGACACAACUAGUUGAAAUGGAGGAAAUUGAAACACAACUAAGCGUAGAUGGUAGUCAGCUUAUUGAUGCAUACUCAGCCGUUAUGGGUCCAGAACAUCCGGGAUGUCUAAGACUAUAUGGACGGGGGGUUACAAAGACUUCUUUGAAAGGAAAAGCGGGAACUUUUGAACCAACUUCAAAUGCCACAAAUGAUGUAGUGCAAGAAAUGCAAGAAAGGAUCCAAAAAAUGGAGGAACAAAUGGAGGAACAAAAGAGAACUAUGCGAGCAGAAGUUACUGCAGACAUUACUGCAAAAGUAAUUGAAACACUCCAACGUGCAGGAUUAAUUAGUCCAGAUAUGCUAGUAGUAUUGUGUGUUCCUUCACCGGGAGAAGCUACGUCUGCACCAUAA